AUGGAUGGUUGCAGCUGGGCGCCAUCUCAUGCUAGAGGCGGCGCCAGAGCUGUGUUUAGUGGGGACAUGUCAUGGCACAAGGCGAGUAACAGCAGCUGCGACGACUCUGAUCAUCUUGACCGCGGGAGGGAAGGGCAGGACGUGGUGAUCAGAUCGCAACUUCAGCAGCAGCUGGAACAGAUCUACAUGCUGAUGGACAUGGAGCAAGAGCAUGAGCUGCACCUGCACCACGCCGUGCCACCGCAGAGCCCUAGCCAGCAGCAGCGGUCGCCACCGUCGUCGUCGUCGCCAUUCCGGUCUUUUGCCGUAAGCUCCGAUGAGACUUCGUCGCUCGUGCUCUCGGCAUCGAGCGCCACCCCAACCUUUUGCCAACAACCGUCCCAGGCCUCAUCCCUGGACACACCAUUUUCGCCACUCCCCUACAGCUACCUUGAGACGAUCCCGAACCUGAACCUGGAAGAAAUCAUGAGCCAAGCACGGCACAAGGUCGGCCAUGCCGAUUCCGGCACCAGUGCGUUCAGUCAGUACGUCCGGCACCUCCGCCCCAAGAAGAAGGUAAAGCCGGGCGCCUGCGGGCAGAGGGCGAUCAAGACGGCCAUGUCGGUCAUGGCGAAAAUGCACAGCGCUAAGCUUUCCCAGUGGCAGAGGCAGCAGAGCUCCAGGACAGAGAUGAUCGCGGCAGCGCCGUCCGACGAGAGCAACAACAUCCAGCUUCAGCACCUCCUGUCGGAGCGCAAGCGCCGUGAGAAGAUCAACGACAGCUUCGAUGCUCUCAGGAAUGCGCUGCCCCAUGCCUCCAAGCGAGAUAAAACAUCCAUACUGAUGAGAGCAAGGGACUACAUAAACUCUCUCAAAUCAAGGGUGUCUGAGCUGGAGGAGAAGGAGAUGGCACUAGAAUCGCAGCUAAGGAUCGACUACGGCGAUGAACAAGACGUUAAUGGUUCCCCUGAAAAGAUCGAGAUGAAACAAUGCAGGACCAUUGACUGA